AUGUUGCCGCUAACCCAAAAGGACACUCGAAUUUAUCGCGGCCCCCUGGGUGGCAUACGCGAAAAGUUUCAAAAUUGGUUAAGACUAAUUUAUUCUGAUAAGAAUUCAAGGAAUUUGUUCCUAUUUCUUAUACUUAACUUGUCUUUUGCAUUUGUUGAAUUAUUUUACGGCGUAUGGACAAAUAGUUUAGGUCUAAUUUCGGAUGCAUUCCAUAUGUUCUUUGAUUGUACGGGUCUGGUGGCUGGUCUUGCAGCAUCCCUAGUGUCCAAAUGGCGUGCAAAUGAAAGAUUCACAUAUGGUUAUGCUAGAGCAGAAGUACUGGCUGGAUUUGUCAAUGGAUUGUUUUUGCUUUUCAUUGCAUUUUUCAUCAUGAGUGAAGCUGUGGAAAGAGCUAUAGAGCCACCUGAGGUGAAACAUGAACGCCUCCUUCUGAUCUCUAUACUCGGCUUCCUAGUGAACAUGGUGGGCAUUUACGCGUUCCACCACGGCCAUGGCCACGGGCACGGCGGACAUGGUCACUCACACGGAGGUCACGGCCACUCCCACAACAACCAUGGGCAUUCCCAUGACGACGACGGCGAAGCACCCACCGGCGCCGGCUCGGCUAUCAUGAGAGGCGUAUUCCUCCACGUCCUGGCUGACACGUUAGGAUCCGUUGGCGUAAUCAUUUCAGCUAUCCUCAUGAGAAUGUUCGGCUGGAUGCGAGCCGAUCCUAUAUGUUCCAUGGCUAUAGCACUCCUUAUAGCUGCUAGUGUAAUACCCUUAGUGCGUGACUCCGCUGGUGUGCUUAUGCAAAGGACUCCCACAUCAUUAGAGCGCGCAUUACCUAACCUGUUCACACGUGUAGUAGGCCUAGCUGGCGUACACGCAGUUCACGAACCUCAUUUCUGGACUUUAUGUAGUGAUGUCCACGUGGGUGCUCUUAAAAUAGAAGUGGCGAAAGAAGUGGACCCCAGGUACAUAACAGAACAGACGUCGAGAAUCUUCAGAGAAGCGGGCGUCAAACAUUUAACUGUACAACUUGACUACUACCCGCUUUGA